AUGGUUAUAGAGAAUAGAAUAAAACUUAUACCAACAUUAACACCAACAUUCGAACAAUGGAAAUCAUUACCCAUCUACUUAACUCAACAUGAAACUAGGCUUCAACGACGUUUUGGUGCUGUUAAAAUUGUUCCUCCUAGUCGAUGGGUACCAUUAAUAAAAAAUCCAUAUGAAUUAUGUAAUUUAAAAAUGUAUAUAAAACAAGAAAUAACUGGUUCAUCUCAUCAGCCAGAUGUUUUUUAUAUAAAAAAUUCAAAAAUAUCUAAACGACAUUUUAUGAGUUAUAAUGAAUUUAAAACAAUUGCUGAAAGUGAUACAUAUCGUUUGGAAGAUACAUUGAAUUGUAAUAUUAAUGAUUAUUUUUGGUCUACGAUUUUGAAUAAUAUAUCUUUGUGUGUACCAAAUAUUGAUGAUAGUUUAUUUUCAACAAGAGAAAAUGUUUUUAAUAUGGCUAAUUUAGCAUCAUUACUUAAAUAUUAUCCAGAAAAAAUUUCAGGUGUAACAACAUCUUCACUUCAUAUGGGUAUGUGGUCAAGUACUGUUGGUAUUCAUAUAGAUGACCAUGAUCUAAUAUCAUUCAAUUAUCUUCAUCAUGGUGCUCCAAAAAUUUGGUAUAUAAUACAUCCAUCAUGUUAUAUAAAAUUUGAAGAAUUAGUUAAUAAAUUAAAAUUAUUUUCUGAUAUAUCAUCGACUUGUUUAUCACCACUUCAACAUAAAUCACUUCUUGUUAAACCAUCAUUUCUUGAUAUGCAUUCAAUAGAAUAUUAUCAAGUUGAACAAAAAAUUAAUGAAUUAAUAGUUAUUUUUCCUGGUUCAUAUCAUUUUUAUUUUGAUACAGGAUUUAAUUUAAGUGAAACAGUUAAAUAUGCUUUACCAUCAUUUUUUGAAUUUCAACGAUGUAGUCCACGACUUUGUUCAUGUAUAAUAUCAUCAUCAACAAGUGUUAUUAAUCUUAAUCGACGAUUUUUUACAAUUGAUAUUCUUAAUCAAUUUAAAAAAGAAUAUUUAACAUCAAAAUCUGUAAUAUGUAUUGAUUUAUCAGAAGACGAUGAUAAUAAUAAUAAUACAAAUAAUGCUUCUCCUAUCGAAAUAACAACUGCACCAACGUCUCCUAUUGCAAAUCAGGAUAAUAUUACUCGAAAAGAUGUAGAAACAGAAGUUGUACAAACUGCUAGUCAAUCUAAUAUAUCACUUGAUCAUUAUACGGAUCCACUUUAUUCAUCUUGGUCAUCAACAAAUAGUGAUACACAAAUAUCACCUGAUUCAAUGCCAACAAUUGAUAAUCAUAAUGAUUAUGAAAAUAUUUCGAAUAUAUUGGAAGAUAUGUUAUCAAAAACAAAUUUCGAUUCAUUAGAACAUGAUUAUUAUUCAAAACAUUAUCAUUCAUAUGAUCCAUACUCAUCGUUUUUUCAUAGUUAUACACCAUCUCUACAUCCAUAUUUUUUUAAACCAUAUCCAUAUUCUUCUGUUCGUAUAUGUACUAGCAAACAACGUCGUAACCAACGUAAAUGUUAUGAAUGUCGACAAAAAGGACAUAUAAGAAAAAAUUGUCCUUAUUUUUCUCAUAAAAAAAAAAAUAAAAGAAAUUUUUCAAUUUAA